AUGUAUGCCUACGACACUGACAGUGACGACAGCAGUGCCGUGGAGCACAGGAGGAGCUCUGCCUACAACAAAAACACUCCUGCCACUACUACUACUACAACACCUCGAUACAAGAAUGUCUGUACGACCGUGAUGAGUGCGCUGACGGGCGGCGCCUACAAGACGGAAUCGGAACGACGAUUGGAAACCAAAGACAAAGAAAAGGAAGAACGAGACAAAGUGUCCCAGUACAUUAGUUUUGAUAUCCCCUACGUGUGGGUCAAGAAAUCCCUGGUGCUGCAAGAAUCCCAAAUCUUUCAUGAUGCCUAUCCACAUCCACUCUUUUGUCUGGCCGUACUGGGACGACUGCUGCGACUGCACAGCAAGCAACAGCUAGUAUUGGAACCAAACGAAGUCACCGAUUUGUUUUUUGGUGUGACCAAACUCUUUGGAUCUUCCACUGUGGCGUCUCCCAUGGAUCAAUAUGUACGACGACUCGUGUACUGGUUACUAUCCGAAAUUACCGAAAUCUCCCAACCCGAAGAACGCAUGAUGCUAUUGUCCUGUCUGACCAAAGACAUGACCGAUCAAUUUACUCCUGCCUUGAGAUCGCGGGCACUGAGGUUAUUGCCGUGUGUUCUCAUUCGCAAGACAACGACAACACAAUCCGACAACAACAACAAACAACAAGAAAGCAGCAACAUUCUCAAACUGUCGCAAACCAUUGCGGCUACCAAAACCAUUGCCACUGUCUUGCCAUGUAGUUUGGAUCCAGAGUCCAUGGCCGUAUCGUCACGUGUCAUGAGUGGGGCAUUGGUGGCACUUUGUCACUUGCUACAACACGAACAAUCUUCCAGUCUCAUUUCCAGUGAUGACGAAGAAGUUCUGCAGACACAAUGUUAUGUAUUAGCCAAGGCUACCACCUCCAACAAGGUUCCACGAGAUUUGCGCAUGGUACAAUUGCAUGCCAUGAUAACUGCCACUGCCUUGGAUCAGAAACAACAGAAUCUCUAUCAGGAUGACGGUAGCAACAUGGAAAAUUACGCUCCUUCCCAUCAAGCCAUCAAGUUGAUGGGUGAUGUGAUUCAAGGAGGUUCCCUCCAUCGGGCAUCGCCCUUGACUUGGGUUAUGUUGCUGCGUCAUACAGAACAAGUCAUGCUGACGUCGUCGAAAGAUGUCACCGCCAAGGAAAAUGGCGAUCACGAGGGGGCAACCAAUUCCACCAUUUGUGCGACCCAUUAUCACUUCUUUUUACAAUCGUCUCUCAUCAAUCCAUCCGAAAUGGUCAUCUUGGAAGCAGCACGGGUUGUCAUCAAUUUGGCGCCAAAGCAUGUUCCUCUGGACAUGAUGGAGCAUGCCGUCAAAGUGCUGAAUCGCAUCCAAAAGACAUCCUCCAGGAUCCAAAACAAAACGGCCGGGAGGACAGCCAACAAGUUGUUGGCAGAGGUGGGGAAAAAGUUGGUGCUCACUCUCUAA